CUUGAAGGCUUUUAUGGCGCACUGUGACCCAAAUGCUGAAAAGCUGUUUUGCCAAGUAAACAAACUAGCUUUGGAGGCUCCAGAUGUUUGUCAGAUUUGGUACAACACUAAACCUGUCAGCACCAAACAAUUCACCAGUUUUAUGGGCGACAUUUCUAGAAAUGCAGGUCUUGACACACGAUACACCGCACACUGCCUUCGUGCUACUGCAACCCAGGGUCUGGAUGAUGCCGGAUGUGAGAUCCGGCAUAUAAUGUUUAUGACCGGACAUCGUAACGAGGCAUCUGUUCGGUCGUACAGCAGAGGAACGACAACAGAGCAGAAAAUGAAGAUGUCUAAAAUCCUCACCGAAUUAUCAACUGGCUCCAGGGAAAAUUCUCAGCUAAAUUCAUGUGCAGUUCCGGUUCCCAGUUCGGAUGGUCCAAAUCCAACCUAUGAAAAUAAAAAAAUCACCAUGUGUCAACAAGAUUCCGGAACGGGAAUGUUUAAUCCGUCUUCGUGCACGUUUAGCAACUGCACAUUCACUCUGCAAAGUAGCCUUAAUACUCCAAAUUAAGUUCAGAUUUUUCAUUUCAGUUAAAAAAAAACACUGAAAACACAAACACAAUUUCAAUUUGUGAACAGAUUCUGAAAUAUGUUCACUUUGUUACAUGUUACAAUUCAUUGUUCCAUUGUUUAAAUGUUCCAUACAAGAUCGAAUUUCCAGAACACGGGUACAUAAUACCUGUUGACCUGUUCACAUAAUAUAAAUUGAUAUAAACUC